AUGCCUCGCCCACCUAACAGCAAGCGCUUGUCAUCGCAAAGCUCCUCACUCACUGGCGCACCCCCACCAUUGCAGCGCUCCACCAACUCCAGCAAUUGCACAACCGUCACAAUGAUGUUGGCAAAUCGCAUCGCGCACAACUCUGACUGGUCAGUAGACGAUGAGCACUUUUUCGAGACGAACACAAUGAACGUUUGGCAAACGCUCGAAUUUCUUUCCGGUGUUAAUUUGCGUAAACGCUAUCACUACGAAGGCUACAAUGAUACCGAAAAUAUUAUACGCACUUUAACGCCUUCAUGGCGGCGCGAUAGUUUCGCCGAGAAAGCGGCUGCCGCCAAUAAGGAAGAUGCUAAUGGCGCUGGUGGCAGUGGCGGCGGCAGUGGGCGUGGCAAGGCGCCAACUGAUAACGCUGAUGCUGACUUCAUUGGCAAUGGCACUGCAAUUAUGCGCCAGAAUCAGCAGCUUAGCGCGAAAAACAACAAAAACACAAAAAAGGCCAGCCGCACUGUAUUCGUUAAGGUGAGAAAAAGUGGUAAAGGUGAGCGUGCCAAGUGUGAUAAACAGCAGCAACGGUGUAAGAAAUCUGUCACACUCGAUCCGCAAUAUGCGCUCUCGCAGGCUGAAUUCACGGACUUGGUGAAGUGCAAGUAA